AUGGCGCGCGGUGGUGCUCGUGGUGGAAAGUUCAAGCCCUCGCGAGGAGGAGGUAAACACUUCAGUCGCGAUCUCCAGCCUCUCGAUAAGGACGGUAAUGCCGUUGGUCUUUGGCGCGAACCUGCCGAUGAAGUCCCGUCCUCCGGUGACGAGGAAUCAUCCUCCGAAGAGAGCUCGGACGAGAGCGAUGCCGAGGGCGCCGGACCCAGCACUACCACAGUCAACUCCGCAGAAUUGACCCGUGAGGAACGCCGCAACCAAGCUAAAGCCAAGAAGCAAGCUGCCCUGGCCCGACGCAACAAGACCGCCGCCCAGGUGGGAGAUCUACCUCCCUCGGACUCAGAUGAGUCAGAGGACGAGGCGCUGCCCGCCAACCCGAAUCACACUGCUCAGUCGCGGAAGCAACUGGUGAAGGAAGACGAGGAGGAUGCACCCAAGCCCAAGAAGGUUGUCAAGGAUGUUUCUCAGCUUUCGCGACGAGAGCGCGAGGCCCUCCAGGCGCAACAGGCUCGUGAGCGGUACCUGAAGCUUCAUGCCGAGGGUAAAACUGAUGAGGCGCGGAGUGAUCUGGCGCGGUUGGCAAUCAUUCGGGAGCAGCGUGCGGCGGAGCGCGCUCGCAAGGAGGCUGAGAAAGAGGAACGAGAUGAGCAGGCUAAAGAGCGGAAUGCGGCUAUUCUAGAACGUGAGGAGAAGUUGAGAGCUGCGGCUAUGGGCAAACCGUUGAAGAAGGGUGGAAAGAAGAAAUAG